GCCGCCACCUCGGGCGCCACCUGAGGGAGCUGCCGCCGUGGGACCCAAGCAGACCGGACCCGACCUCGCCGCCCGAGACAGCUUGAGGCCCAGCAGCUGCCUGCGGAGGCGCCGAGCAACUUCGGAGGCAGAAAUUAUGGCAUUUUCCUGAUUGAUCGUUGGCUGUUGGCACUAGUUGACCCAUGAUGACUGUGGCUGUAAUUUUGGAGAAACGAGAGAGUCUGAGAUGGUCGCUGCCGGGAGGAUUUUCAGCUUUGCUUCUCUUGAAGUUGAUAGCAGUGUGUUUUUUGGAAUCCUGUGGCAUUUCUUCAUGGCAGUACAUAUUAUGCAGAGAUUGGUCAGCACGUGGACGCAAGUUGCCUUUUGACGUAGCUGCCACCAUGGCCAGCUGGUAGAACCAGCGUCCCAUGCCCAGAAGCCAGUUCAGAAUGACCGAAGAAGCAUGCCGGACACGGAGUCAGAAACGAGCACUUGAACAGGACCCAGCGGAAGAUGAUGUGGAAAGCAAGAAAAUAAAAAUGGAGAGAGGAUUGUUGGCUUCAGAUUUAAACACUGAUGGAGACAUGAGAGUGAUCCCCGAGCCAGGAGGAGGUCCAGCCCAAGGGUUGCUGAGGGGGGCAGAGGUGACAGCCAUUGGCAGAGGUGAAGGGCAGGCAGGCGAUGGGCCUGUGGACAUGCGCACCUCACACAGUGACAUGAAGUCCGAAAGGAGAGCCCCCUCACCCGAUGUGAUCGUGCUCUCUGACAACGAGCAGCCUGUGAGCCCGAGGGUGAAUGGGCUUCCAAAGGAGACCUUGCAGGAGACCAGCACUGAGGCCCUCAUGAAAAGCAGCCCCGAAGAACGAGAAAGGAUGAUUAAGCAACUAAAAGAAGAGUUACGAUUAGAAGAAGCAAAGCUCGUUUUAUUGAAAAAGUUGCGGCAGAGUCAAAUACAAAAGGAAACCACCACCCAGAAGCCCGCAGGCUCCGCUGGGAGCACCGUGACCACCCCUCCCCCGCUUGUUCGGGGCACCCAGAACAUUCCUUCCGGCAAGCCAUCACUUCAGACCUCUUCGACUCGAAUGCCUGGCAGUGUCAUUCCACCACCCCUGGUUCGAGGCGGGCAGCAGGUGUCCUCAAAGCUGGGGCCACAGGCGAGCUCACAGGUCGUCAUGCCCCCACUCGUCAGGGGGGCCCAGCAAAUCCACAACAUCAGACAACAUUCCAGCACGGGGCCACCACCACUUCUCCUGGCCCCCCGGGCAUCUGUGCCCAGUGUGCAAAUCCAGGGGCAAAGAAUCAUCCAGCAGGGCCUUAUUCGCGUCGCCAACGUCCCCAACACCAGUCUGCUCGUCAACAUCCCGCAGCCCUCCCAAGCCUCGCUGAAAGGGACGACAGCCACUUCUGCUCAGGCCAACUCUACCCCCACCAGCGUGGCCUCCGUGGUCACGUCUGCUGAUUCUCCAGCCAGUCGACAGGCAGCCGCCAAGCUCGCACUGCGCAAACAGCUUGAGAAGACGCUGCUUGAAAUCCCCCCUCCCAAGCCCCCCGCCCCAGAGAUGAACUUCCUGCCCAGUGCUGCCAACAACGAAUUCAUCUACCUGGUCGGCCUGGAAGAGGUGGUACAGAAUCUGCUGGAGACUCAAGCAGGCAGAAUGUCAGCGGCUGUAGUGCUGUCCCGGGAGCCCUACAUGUGCGCACAGUGCAAGACGGACUUCACGUGCCGCUGGCGGGAGGAGAAGGGUGGCGCCAUCAUGUGCGAGAACUGCAUGGCGUCCAACCAAAAGAAGGCACUCAAAGUGGAGCACACUAGCCGGCUGAAGGCUGCCUUCGUGAAGGCACUGCAGCAGGAACAGGAGAUCGAGCAGCGUCUCCUGCAGCAGGGCACUGCUCCUGUGCAGGCCAAAGCUGAGCCUGCCACCACCACCCACCCCGCGCUGAAGCAGGUCAUAAAACCCCGGCGUAAGUUGGCGUUCCGCUCAGGAGAAGCCCGCGACUGGAGUAACGGGGCUGUGCUACAGGCCUCCAGCCAGCUGUCCCGGGGCUCGGCCACGACACCCAGAAGCGUGCUGCACACAUUCAGUCAGUCACCCAAACUGCAGAAUGCAGCCUCAGCCACAGCCCUCGUCAGCAGGACUGGCAGACAUUCCGAGAGAGCCGUGAGUGCCGGCAAGAGCAAUGCCACCUCCAACUGGAAGAAGGCACCCCUGAGUACAGGUGGGGCCCUUGCAUUUGUCAGCCCAAGCUUGGCGGUGCACAAGACCUCCUCCGCGGUGGACCGCCAGCGGGAGUACCUCCUGGACAUGAUCCCGCCACGCUCCAUCCCCCAGUCGGCCACGUGGAAAUAGUGUGAGCCUGGCCCAAUGGAGAACAGGCUCCCACCUCCCUCCCACCUGGCCCGCCACCCUCCGCUCAGGAAGACACCCUGCUCCCUGAGAGAGUGAGCAAGCGUCAGCCAUGCUGCAGAAGCAAGAGCUCCGUUCUUGGCUGCGAAGUCUUGUCGCCACAAAGUCUCAUCACGGCUGCGGGGCUGCUUCACAGGUGGAUGAGGAUUAUCACUGGGGGACCUUUCCCGUGGGCUUUCCUCCUUUCUUUGCCUUUAGUUUGCCCAACACCAGCAGAAAAGCGGACCUCGGGGGCUAGUUCUGCUCCCACCCUCCCCUUCAGCCCCCACAAGGCGCACAGGCAGCCUGGACACUGUGACACAACACACUAGGGCAAGACUGGCGCCGGGGCUUCUGAAGUUGAGCGGAGCAUUCUGUUUUAUUUUUGCUUUUUCCCGUCUUAGCUUCCCAAUCUUUGACUGCCUUCCUUCACGGCAAUCUCUAGGUUGACAGAUUUUUUUUUUUUAAUCACCUCACAAUGAUGGAGUUUAAGUAAACCGUGCAGACCCAGGGGUUCUGUCAAGCACGGCCCCCAUGACCCAGAGGGUGGGCCGAUGAGCAACCAGCCCUCGCUCUCUCCAGCGGAAGGCCUGUGCUGCUGCUCAUCCAGGAAACCCCCGACCUCCCACACUUAGCAGAAGAACAAACUGCAGCCCAGACCCAGCUACAGAGCCCGGGAUCCUGGAAGCUGUGCCGUUGCCUGCGGAGGAGGGUGGAGAGAACUGGCAGCAACGUCCAGAGCCUGAGCGAGAAGUUGGAGGGGCAGGCUGUUGUGUUUUUUUGUUGUUGUGGUUUAUUUUAUUAAAUUUUUUCCUUUUCUUUUCCUACUUAUUUUGAUGGACAUCAUCCCAAGCUGCCCUGGCCUGUGCUCCCGUUAGGUGUAUCAGGUGGGGAGGCAUCCCUCCCCCGCUACAGACUUCAGGGUUUCCGUUUGGGUCUAGUUUAGAACCUUCCCUUAAAGCAGGGCCAUGCCGCCAGCGUUCGCCUUUGGACUUUUUUUUUUUUUUUUUAAUCCUCUUUAGAGUCUACAGAAAUGUCUUACAAAGGAUCAGGUCUGCUCUUAGUUGUGUUUCAUUUUGGUUUCUCCCACUCCUUAAAAAUUGGUUCCAUGAGGAAAGGCAGAAGCUGUCCUGUGUGUGCUGUACACGGGGCUGGCUCCAUGCUGAUGCAAGGGCAUCCAUGUGUGCAUGCACAUGUGUCAUUGUGGAGAUGGAGUAUGCCGCUCCCCACUUCAGCCCCAGUCCUGGUUUUCCUGUCCAUGCAGUUAGGGACUUAAUUUAAAACCCUUAUUUUGUAGGGCCGCCUUCUCGAACACACUGCUUCAACAUUCUAAUAAAGGCUCAUUUAACCCCCUCUCAUGUUGUGUGAAUAUCAGUGUUUAGAAAACAUUUUUGACAUGCGGUAGAAGACCUAGGUAGAAGACCUAGUUUUGCAAAAUGUUCUAAGUUUUUGUUGUGUAAAACCCCAAAUUUCUCAUUGAUUUUUGUUUUGACUAGAUGGGCUGAAGGAGGGGAGGGCAGGGAAGGGUGGCUUUCAUUACCAGAUCCAGGGAUUUGGGGGGAAAGAGGGAAAUUGACAUUCAGGAGUGGGGGGAAAGGGUGUGAUUUUACACCAAAAACUCAAAAGUAUGCAAGCGUUUCUAUUCCUCGCAUUUUUCUGUGUGCCUGGCAAAUAAAUAUCUGUCUUAUACUACCUUGAGCUGUUAGCCCUCUCUGUUCAGUGACACCGGCCAGACUCCAAAUCCUCCAACAAGGAGCGCUCAGCUGGCCACUCCCAGCAAAUAGGCCUCAGUCCUAUGUAGUAACAGAAUCAGGUGUCCAGGCCAACGUCACCUCUGCACUGGUGGGAUGCUGUAGGGUUGUCACUUUCCAGCCAGGGUUGACUGGGUCUGUGACUGGGGGGCACAUGUUUGCCCCCAAGUCCCACCAAAACCUGGCUUAUCACUGCACUCAGGAACCACCUCUCCUCCCCUCUCCACCUCAUCUCUCCUUGCCAGACCACCUCUGGCAGAGGAUGGGACAGUGAGGCUCUGGUUCUGCCUUCUCCAGCCCAGCAUUCCCAAGCACAUUCUCAUCAGAGAUGACUUAACUGUGCUGGAAACAGCUUUUUAAGAAGGGACAAGAAUGUGAGAAGCUCUCAUAUUUAGUUCAUUCUACUGUCUCAAAUUUCCCCCGCUUUUCUUUAGUUUCUCCCUUUGCGGUGUAACUUCUGUAACAAUCUCCAAAUGGGUGGUUGUGUGAUAAACGUUAAGAUCCUACAGGAAAGACAUUAUUAAAUCCCUUUCUAGGUGGGGUUUGAAUAUACUAGGAAAGGAUGUUAACAUUAAGGGUGUUCUUCCAGCAGCAAAGCUCACCCCACUCAAGAUCUGCUACAGUGCUUGGGGCCUCGUCUCCCCAUGGGUGCGUUGGGUCUGAGAGGACCUGGUUCUGAGGAGCAGUGAGAAUGUGGGAGCCCUCAGGCCCAAAUGGCAAUUUAUAAUAGCCCCUUGUUAUCUGACGCAAAACUCUGACAGCAACUAGAAACUUAAAAUGGCCACUCUGUGGAGUGGGGUGGGAGUUUACAAAGCUUAUUCCUUCCCUGUUUUGGUGGGAGAGCAGGUUUAAAAUGGCCAAGUGCACAUGUAUGUGCGCAGAUAGACACAUGUCCCCUUAGAGCCAUCCAUGGCUCUGGGCCAUCUUGUCAAUGUCAUGGGGACUUUGGUCUCAGUAUUCCAACUGUGAUGCUGGGACCCACACCUUUGACAAGCAAGGCCAAGGAUGAUCCUUCUCCAGAGUGCCUUUAGUCCUGUAUGUCCUCUUAAGAAGCAAAAAUCUCGCCCCAGGGCAGAGGAAAUGAAAGAGGCAACUGAGUGCAGCCCUGCUACAUGUCCCACAUGUCACUCCAGUGGAUGGAGAGACAUGAAGUUUUUUGUACAAGUAAUAUAAACAUUCUCAUCACAGGGGUGUAAAUAGAAAAGGUGGUCCUUACUAAUCUGCCACAGGGUUUUUCUUUGAUGCCGAGUUAUGCUGCAUAUAACAUUUGCCUAAAGGACUUGGACUGAGCUUUUUUAGACAGCUGUUUUAUAAUCCUUAAAAGUGUAAUAAACGGUUACACUAGUGCAGGUUAUUUGGGAGGUGGCUUUUUUUUUUUUUUGAGGGGGGGGUCACUUGUAUUUAUUGUGACUAAAUCUUUGAUAAUGUAAAAGUUGACCACUAAACCAGAAUAGAAGUUCCAAUAAACAGGUUGGAAUCAAUGGCUAUACGUGGUGUCAGGAAGUUUAAGAAUCUGAAAGACAAUAAAGAAAUGGACUAUG